AGGCAACACGUGCAUUGUUUUUCCAUAAAAAUAUAAAAAUUUAUAAAUUUUCUGAAAAAACACACACAAAAUGUCUGAAAUACAAAAGCGAAAACGUAUUUCAAAGAAAAACAAAUCAGCCUGGCGGAAAACUGAUAUAAAGGAUGUAGAGACAUACCUAGAAGAUCAACGUCAAGAGGAGAGAAUUGGCACAUUUGAGGAUAAAGCCGAUCAAGAACUGUUUCAGGUUGAUGUUACGCCCUCAGAAGCCAAUAAAAAGAAACUUUUAACAGAAAAACAAAAAAGGAAACUGAAUGCCCAAAAACCCAUGAAAUCGUACCAGUCUUUGGAAAACACUUCAAAAGUACAAGAUCCCAUAAAAAAGAGAAACAUUAUUAAAAACCAUAAGAAAGCUGGACGCAAUAUUGAAGAAGAGGUUUAUAACCCCAAGAAGCCAAGGCACUUUAAAGCCACUCAAGAUCGCCUUAAAACAUAUGCCCAAGUAGAGGCCAAGCUUAAGAAAAAGGCGUCUAAGGAGUUGGAUAAUAAUAAGGAUUUAUGGGCUACGGAAGAUUUCCGUGACAAACUACCUGGUCUUAAAGACGAGAAAGGUUGGAUUUCUAAAGAUCUUAGUGUAUAUCAUGCUCAAACAUUGGGUUUGCCGGUAUUUAAGGUGCAUGAUAGCAUAAGACACAGAACUACGAAAGCAAAAAAAUUCGAGCCUCCUCAUCCGGGCAUAAGUUACAAUCCCUCUUUAGAAGAUCAUCAAAAUCUAAUAACAACUGUGGUCGGUAAAGAAGAAAAGAUUAUUAAGGAAGAAAAACAUUUGAAACGUGUCACCACCGAAAUGUUCUCCAAAGUAACGCCUGAAGAAAGAGAUCGUUUACGUCUAAAAGAAAUGAGUGCUGGCAUGGACGACGAUGAUGAGGAAGAGGCUAAUGAGAAUGAGCCAAUUAAUGGAGAUGCUACCAAAAACAAGGACGAUGUGGAUGCUCCCUAUGCAACUAUCAAUCCUCCUGUUGAAAAUAAAAAGAAAUCAAAAACGGCACGCAACAAAGAACUCAAACAAAAAGAACUUCAAAAGAAGUUGGAAGAGAAAAAGGCCUUGAAAAAACAAACAGCAGACAUUAAUCGCAUUAAAUCCCUUAAGGCCGAGGUUUUGGCCGAAGAGGAAGAACUCGACGAUUUGAAGAAGCGACGCAAGAAGACAGCCUUCAAAAAGAAAUUUGAACCUAAACGUUUGGGUCGUCUCAAGUUUGUUGAACCCGACCAAGAUCUUACCAUGCCCGAGAAUUUGGCCGGCAAUAUGCGUAACAUUCAGCAAGAAUCCAGUUUAUUGGUGGAUCGUUUCAAGAAUUUCCAAAAACGCAAUAUUCUACCAGUCAGUGUUGCGACUGGCAAACAAAAGGCUCCCAAAGUCAAACGUUUUACACGCACUACACACAAGGAUCCUGGUGUUUCCUAUCAAAUGCUGCGCGACAAACGUAUGGCCCAAAAGAAGAAAGUGGCUGCCCCCGCAUUAUAGUUUCCUACUUAGUUUUGUUCAAAUUUCUUUAUAUACAUUUUAAUAAAAUUUAGUUUUUAAGAUAUAUUGCAAGUUUUUGAAAGAAAUAAUUUUAUGCAAUAUGGAUGCGUAAAAUAUAAUAAAAGUAAAAAUAAACAUUUUUUUAAUUAAAAAAAUUAUUGGAAUAUAUUGGAAUAAAAUUAUAUACAAUUAGAAAA